AAAUCAUUUCAGCCGCCACGUGUCAUUUCUUCAUUCGCCCGUCUGGGCGGCAUCUCUCCUAUAUAAAGCGUCGUUCUCCUUGGAAUUUCCUCACUUGCAAAUCUUCAAUUCAAAAACCUGCCCGGCUGCUUCUACUAUUUCCGAGUCCUCCGAGUCUUCUAAUCGUCUCCAAGUAAGUUUCUUUCAUUCCUUCUCUGAGUCAUGUGGGACCGUGAGGAUAGUCAGAACCCCUCCGUUCAUUCUUAUGGUUCUGGCGGCCGGUCUCCCACCUUUGGUUCCUCUUCUUCUUCUUCAUCCUCCGACUCUGAGCACCCGGCUACUUCUCCACAGAAGAAGCCGGUUGAUGCUUCCACUUGCGCUCCCUCUUCUUCCGCGGCGCAAGUGGUCUCGGUUGCCCAGUCCGGGGACAAGGGCCUCAUUCAGCUAGACGAUCGGUUUCUCCAAGAGCAACCGUCGUACAUGCAGAAACCCCAAGUCCACGAACUGCGUAAUCUGAUGCCUGAUGGGUAUCAAUUGACCUACCGGGCAACGUGGAAGAGCAUUAUACCUCUCCAUGCUGGUACGUUGAUUGGGAUCCAUUACCAUUCGAUCAAGGACUUGGGUGAGUUCUCUAUUCACCCAUUCAAAGUCCUUUUCCUUGAGACCUACGGGAUCAUGCCCGGGCAGCUGGCCCCUAAUGGUCACCGUUUGUUAGGCAGCUUUAUCAACGUCUGCCGGUUUCUUCGUAUUCCUCUUUCUCUUCGCCUCUUUGAUUAUAUGUUCGAU